AUGGCGUCGGCGACUAUGCAAGCAUUGAACUACCUCGGACCGUACAAGGUCCGAGUUGAAAACGUCGUGAAGCCGAAGCUGGAGCAUCCUGAUGACAUCGUCGUUAAAGUCACCACUGCGGCGAUUUGUGGCUCGGAUUUGCACAUGUAUGAAGGCCGAACCGCAGCUGAGCCAGGAAUCACUUUCGGUCACGAGAAUAUGGGAAUUGUGGAGGAAAUGGGUGAAGGCGUGACGUUGUUGAAGAAGGGAGAUCGUGUCGUGAUGCCUUUCAACGUUGCUGAUGGUCGAUGCCGUAAUUGUGAGGAAGGGCUCACGGCCUUUUGCACAGGUGUUAACCCUGGAUUUGCGGGCGGAGCUUAUGGCUAUGUCGCUAUGGGGCCCUACCGCGGCGGCCAGGCCCAGUACAUCCGUGUUCCUUAUGCGGACUUCAAUGCGUUGAAGCUGCCCCCAGGUACUGAGCACGAAGCCGAUUUCGUUUUGUUGGCAGGUUGGCACGGUGUUGAAAUCUCGGGCUUUAAAUCCGGCGAAAGCAUCGCAGUUUUCGGUGCAGGCCCCGUCGGUCUGAUGGCCGCCUACUCAGCCAUCUUGCGCGGCGCAUCCUUCGUCUAUGUGGUCGACCGAGUUCCCGAGCGCCUCGCAGCCGCCAAAAAGAUUGGAUGUAUUCCAAUCGACUUCACUAAGAGCGAUGCCGUCGACCAGAUCAUCGAGCACAAUGGUGAAAUGGUGGAUCGAUCUGUCGAUGCCGUUGGUUACCAAGCUGUUGACCCUAAUGGAUCUUCCGAGAAGCCGAAUAUCGUCCUCGAGAACAUGAUCCGGGUUACGCGCGCUUGCGGUGGGAUGGGAAUUCCGGGACUCUAUGUCCCUAGUGAUCCUGGCGCUCCCGAUGCUGCGACUGCCAAUGGAAUGAUUAGUCUGAGUUUCGGCAAGCUGUUCGAAAAGGGUCUGUCUCUUGGUACCGGCCAGUGCAAUGUCAAGGCAUACAAUAGGUACCUGCGUGAUAUGAUCAUCGCUGGCAAGGCGAAGCCCAGUUUUGUUAUCUCUCACGAGAUCGACCUUACUGAUGCUGAAGUUGCCUACGAUAAGUUCGAUAAAAGGGAGGAUGGAUAUACCAAGGUUAUUAUUCAUCCAAAUGGGGGUUUCAGGACUGGGAUCUAUGAUUCUGGCCUUUAG